GAGGGAAUCCGAAAUUUUGACAGAUUGAAACCGACUAGUUUUUGUCAAUCUCUGCAUGCUCCAAUGACUGGAACAGACAUAAGCGAAAAGGAUUUCAGAUUAUUUGGAAUAGGCCUACUUUGGGCUUUUAAAUAUUUGGAAUACGGAUUAAACUCUGAACUCGUCAAAUAGAUGUCAACCGAAGAAGAUUAUUUUUCCGAAAAAGAGAGAGAGGGGGGAGGCAAAAUCUUCAGACUCCUAUUGCUUUCAUUACUCACCCUUUUUUACAACAAGUCUAAUCUUAUGAAAUCGAUUUUAUUUUGAAGUUACUGGCAUUUCUGAGGAUUGGUAUAUUGAGUUGUCUCCGCUUUUCUUAAUCGGAAAAAAAAUUCUUACAUUAAAGAAAUCAGCUGAAAAAUGAAAGAAAUGUCGGAAGUUUCGGACUAAUGUUGUUGUUAGUCUGGCAUCUUCUCGUGGUCAAAGGUCAUGUCCGACUCUACUUGCACUUUCUACUACAUUCUAGAAAAUAUUCAACAUCUUCUUUAUUUACCACAGUUGAUUGCCGAGCCCGAGGAUAGACUAUUGGCACUGAUUCCAGAAUGUCUGAAGAUAGAAAAUUAUUAGUACUAUAUGGAAGUCAAACGGGUACAGCUCAAGAUAUUGCUGAAAGAAUUGCAAGGGAGGCGAAAAGGAGAUAUUUCUCAGCAAAGGCAAUUGCUCUAGACAGUUUUGAUGUGGCCAAUCUAUUAAAAGAAUCUACUGUUAUUUUUGUAUGUGCAACCACUGGGCAAGGAGAUCCACCAGAUAAUAUGAAGUUGUUUUGGAAAUUUAUCCUGCGGAAAAAUCUACCAGAAAAUUCUUUAUCUCACAUGAAAUAUGGUGUUUUAGGAUUAGGUGAUUCAUCUUACCAAAAAUUCAAUGUGAUAGGAAAGAAGAUAAAUAAAAGAAUCUUUCAGCUGGGAGGUGAGACAUUAUUGCCCAUUGGUUUAGCUGAUGAUCAACAUGAACUAGGACCUGAUGUAGUUGUUGAUUCCUGGUUAAAAGAUUUAUGGUUAAAACUUCUAGAUUUAUUUCCUCUACCACCUGGUAAACAGAUACUGAGUGACAAAAUAUGUCCACCGCCUAAAUAUAAAAUAACAUUUUCAUCUAAUAAUGAAAUUCCUCAUCUAAAUCUGACCAGUGCUUCACCUACUAAUAAACCAUGUUUAGAACAUCCUUUUUAUGCUGAAUUGAUAUCAAAUGAAAGAAUAACAGCUAAAGAUCAUUUUCAAGAUGUACGCCAUAUAAAGUUUAAUAUUAAGGGAUCAAACAUCAGUUAUAAACCUGGUGAUGUUGUUAUGAUAGCCCCACAGAAUAAUCCCAAAACAAUAGAUUCCUUUCUACAUCUAUUAGGUUUGAAUGGUAAUGAUGUAUUUUAUCUAGAAAUGAAUGAUCCAGAUUAUCUUUUACCAACAACUUUACCAUCACCAUGUACAAUACGGUAUCUACUGACCAAUUAUCUAGAUAUAUCAGGUGUACCAAGACGUUAUUUUUUCAAGUUGUUAUCAUAUUUUUCUACUGAUGAAAGGGAAAAAGAGAAGCUGGAAGAGUUAAGUUCAUCAGAAGGUCAACAAGAUUUGUACAAUUAUUGUAAUAGACUGAAACGAACAACUUUAGAAGUUUUACAAGAUUUUCCUCAAACCUGUCCUAGAAUACCAUUUGAUUAUUUAUUUGAUUUAAUACCACCAUUAAAACCAAGAGCUUUCUCUAUAGCAUCCUCACAGAAGGCCUAUCCUGAUGAAAUCCAUAUACUAAUGGCAGUAGUAGAAUAUCAAACUAAAAUAGUAGAACCCAGAAGAGGUGUCUGUUCUACAUGGUUAGCUGGCAUAAAUACUGGUCAUAUAUUAGUACCAUUAUGGGUAAAGAAUGGUACUAUAUCAUUUCCUACAGAUAAUAAUAUACCAGUUGUAAUGGUAGGACCAGGAACUGGUCUGGCACCAUUUAGAAGUUUUAUAGAAGAAAGAGUGCAAGAGAACUUUGAAAAUAAUUAUUUAUUUUUUGGUUGUCGCAAUAAAAACAAAGAUUAUUAUUUUGAGAAGGAAUGGAAUGAACUGUGUCAGAAGGAACUACUGAAAAUAUUCACAGCGUUUUCCAGAGAUCAGGAAAAUAAAGAUUAUGUACAACAUAGAUUGAAAGAUAAUGGUGAACUAAUUUGGAAUCUGGUAGAAAAUCGAAAAGCUUUUUUCUAUAUAGCAGGAAAUGCCAAGCAGAUGCCUGAUAAUGUUACAGAAACUCUAAAAGAAGUCAUUCGGGAAUAUGGUCAUAUGAAUGUGGAAGCUUCUGAAGUUUAUAUCAAAAGUUUAGAGCAUAGCAGAAGAUUACAAGUGGAAGCUUGGUCCUAGCCUAUAUAUACCAGUGGACCAGUUGGAUUUAUAUCAUAACAGUCAUGAUUCUCAUACUUUUGCUGUUUGUGCCAUUCAGUUUGAAUUUAACAGGGAUUCAUUGGUUGUGAAUAAAAUGGAAGCCUCUUUCCUUGACCUGGCCUUAUGGAUCAGUAUAAUAGAAUGGACUGCCUGUUACAAGGAAAAUGCUUUGAUUUACAAUCUUAAUUAUUUACAUUCAAACAAUUCUGUCCCCUUUCUCUCUCAGACUUUGCCUCUCAUGUAUUAUUAUUAUUGUAUUUUGUAAGAUUUACUGUUAAGAGUUUAUUUUGUAUUGUUAAACUUAAUUAACCAGAACAACCAACAUAUUUUUUUGACAUGUUUGAAUGUUUUGAUAGAUGAAUGACAAACAUUGGAUGAAUGUUUAAGCAAUGUUUUAAAGACAGAUGCCAUAGCUUACCAUGAGCAACCAGAGAUUUGAUCUGUAAAAGAGACAACUGACAAAUAAUUUUAAACUUUGUUGGACACAUGCACUAUAAACAAAAUACACCGUUAAUAAUUUGUAUAGAUAUAUGCAUAUUCUUAUUAUCAAUUUUUACAGCAUUUUAAGAAUCUUACAUCUAGUCAGUGUUGAUGUGCUAUACUUUUUGCUUAGUUUUAAAUGUUUUAAAAGUCAUGUUAGUAGAUUAUAUUGUGUCAAUUGUUUCAUAUUUUAUUUGUGUAAAAUAAAGCUUGCAUUGUUGCCGGUC